GUUGAUUUGACGUUGACGUAUCGGUACAAUAUUUAAAUGUAAGGUUAUCUAUCAAAGAUUUUAUACUUUUAUAUAGUAUAUUUAUGAUAUAAACUAAUAAUUUAGCUGGUUUAUUUCGAAUUGACAUGGCUCAAUUGGCGGAAAGCAUUUUGAAUUACGUAUCCCAGAACGGGGAUGUGAAUACCAUAAAGUUAGCUAAACAUUUCAACGAAGAUCACCAGAAGGUGAUAGGGGCCUUAAAGAGUAUCCAAGCACACGGUGAUUUAUUGUUAGCAGAGCCGGUUAGUGAGAAAAAAGUCGAACUUACCGAUGAAGGGAGACUAGUAGCAGAAAAUGGCAACCACGAAGCUAAUAUUUUUAAAGCUGUACCUCAAGAUGGCAUCCCUCAAGCGGAUUUAAUGAAAAUACCAAACGCUAAAGUCGGUUUUAGCAAAGCAAUGUCCGCCGGAUGGAUAGUAGUGGAUAAAUCAAUAACCCCACCGUUAGUUAAAAGAAAAGUUCCCGAAAUCGAAGAUUUAGUUCAGAAUCACCUGAAGGUAAUAGAAACAGGCGGCACCUCGAACAUAUCGGAAAAAGACAAGCAGGAUUACAAAAAACGAAAACUAAUUCAGGAGGUCAUUAUAAAAAGCUACGAUUUGAAAAAAGGUCCAGAAUUCAGCACGAGUCUGACGAAACUAGAAACCGAUCUAACCGGCGAAAUGUUAACAACAGGCUCGUGGAAAAACCUAAAAUUCAAAGACUACAACUUCGACGCUUUGGGCGCUCCUUUAGAAUCAGGAUAUCUGCACCCGCUGCUCAAAGUACGAUCAGAAUUCAGGCAAAUCUUCCUGGAAAUGGGCUUCUCCGAAAUGCCUACAAACAAUUACGUGGAGAAUUCAUUCUGGAACUUCGACGCGCUCUUCCAGCCCCAACAGCACCCCGCCAGGGACGCCCACGACACCUUCUUCAUCUCCGAUCCACCCGUGAGCACCAAAUUCCCCCAAGACUACUUGGAGCGAGUCAAGAAGGUCCACAGCAAAGGUGGCUACGGUUCCCAAGGUUACGGCUACGAUUGGAAGAUAGAAGAAGCCCAAAAGAACGUGCUCAGAACUCAUACAACGGCUGUGAGUGCUCGGAUGUUGUACAAAGCGGCUCAACAGAAAGAAUUCAAACCGAUCAAGCUGUUCAGUAUCGAUAAAACCUUCAGAAACGAAACUUUGGACGCCACUCAUUUGGCCGAAUUCCAUCAAGUCGAAGGCGUGAUAGCCGAUUACGGUUUAACGCUCGGCGAUUUGAUCGGCGUAUUCGCGGAAUUUUUCAAAAAAUUAGGCAUCGAUCAAUUGGAGUUCAAGCCCGCUUACAAUCCGUACACGGAGCCCAGUAUGGAGAUAUUCUGUUUCCAUCCAGGGUUAGGGAAAUGGAUCGAAACUGGAAACUCGGGCAUAUUCCGGCCGGAAAUGUUGUUACCAAUGGGCUUGCCCGAGGACGUUUGCGUAAUAGCCUGGGGACUGUCUUUGGAACGGCCCACUAUGAUCAAGUACGGGUUCAACAACAUCAGGGACUUGGUGGGGCCCAAGGUCGAUUUGGAAAUGGUGCAGAGGAGUCCGAUUUGUAGAUUGAACAAAUAACUCGACGGGCUUAAAUUCGGGUAAAGAAAGUAAAUGAUAUAUAUUUAAAUCUUAACAAUAAAUAGUAAUUUGUAAUACCGAACGAAUAGUGUUGUUCAUCGUGGACGCUUCAGAAAGCUUCUUCGUUCUAUCCGGCGAAUGUCUUUCUAUUUCGAAUCAAUUUCUAUCACAUUUGCGACACAUUCGCCUCGUUUCAACAGAAACCAUCUCGUUGGAUGAUCAUUCGAAACCCAUCACGUGCUUCGACCAUUUCCGAUAUCUACCCAGCUGCAUCGAAUUGGAAUUCUUCGCCGCGAAAUUCCUCUCGCACGUAGACAAUAUCUCGUACAGGACGUAAUCGUCCUGUUUGACGGACAUUUUGAGUUUGUUAUCCGAGGGAUCCGGCUUCGUGCUUCGAUCCGGCGCUCCGGAAUCGGUCACGUUCCUGCCGUCGGCGAGUUGGAGAAUUUCGCUGUUGAAUUUCGAUUUGAAUUCGGAUCCGUGAUAGUCGUGGGGCGCCUUGAGGAGAUGGUGGAUUAGGAAUUUCCUGUGGCUGUAGAGCGCCUCGUGUUCCGGGUAUAUCUCGUUUAUUUGAUCGAUUAGGAUGAAUAAAUCGUAGAGUAGAAUGGAGAUGUAGUUUACGUACGAGCAGGUUUCUUCCAAUAAUCUGGAAAGGGGAUAUAAUUAUUGUUACCGUUAAUUGAAUAUUUUUAUGUUAAUUAACCUAGUUCGGUUUGGUUUUCCUAGCAGGUAAUCCAAUAGGUUUCUCCAGUCGCCGUCGUUGGAGGUUUUUAGUAGAGAUUUUACGACGAAAUUGUAGAACGACUCGUAAAUCGAUACGAUUCUUUUGUGUUCCUUGACCAAUUUGAUUAAAUACUGCCUGUAAUGGUAGCCGGUGUGCUCCGACACGUGUUCGUUGAUCCAUUCUUGGCUGUAAUUCAGCUCGGAAUAGACGAUUUGGCUGAUGUUGUGAUUGUAGGUCAGUAUGUUUUCCAUACACCUAAAAAAAUUAUUUACUGCAUUUUUUUAAGAUAAGCGAAUGCCAAUUGUACGAUACCAUAUGCGGUGAUUCCAACUGUGGUAAUUAUUUUGGCACUUGGUCGAAGCCAUGUGGACUACCUGGAAUUCCGCUUGCAAAAAAUGCGUCGGAAAUGCCAUGUGAUUUGCGGCCAUUUUAUUUAAAAUUCUCGAUAACAACCAUCGCCUGUAGGCGAACGCUUCGUUCGAUUUGCUCUUGUGACUCAGCACUAUUU